AUGAGUUUGCCCCUCAAUCCCAAACCUUUUCUGAAUGUAUUAACAGGAAAACCAGUAAUGGUGGAACCUAAGGGGGGAAUGGGGUACAAAGGCUACCUGGUAUCUGUAGAUGGCUAUAUGAACAUGCAGCUUGCAAACACAGAAGAAUACAUAGAUGGAGCAUUGUCUGGACAUUUGGCUGAAGUUUUAAUAAGGUGUAAUGUCCUUUAUAUCAGGGGUGUUGAAGAAGAGGAAGAAGAUGGGAAAAUGAAAGAAUAG